AUGAAGCCCUGGGCGAUUAUUCUUGUCGCCAGCGCCGCAUUGGCGGCGGCCAAACCGACCGUGUAUCUCAUCCGCCACGGCGAGAAGCCCGCAGAUGGCGGGGACGGCUUGAGUGAAAAGGGCAAGCAGCGAGCGCAGUGCCUGCGCCAGGUUUUUGGUGCCGGCUCGCCGUACAACAUUGGCUACAUCAUGGUGCAGACGCCCAAGGCCGACGGCGGCCGCGCGCGGCCUCGCGACACGGUAGCCCCCUUGGCGGCAGACCUGGGCAUCAAGAUCGACCUAUCGUGCGACCGCGACGACACCGAGUGCGUGCAGGACGUGGUUGACGGGUACAAGGGCAAUGGCAACAUUCUCAUCUGCUGGGAGCACAAGAUGCUCAACAACAUCGCCGAGGCGCUGGGCGCCAAAAAGGUGGACAACUACCCGGACGGCAACUUCAACCUCAUCUGGACGCAGCCGGCGCCGUACACCAAGAUUGUCAAGGUGUCGUCGGAAGCCUGCCCGGGGCUGGACAAUUAG